AAUGAAGUCAUGUUAUUCGAGACACACGUAUACAAUGAUAUGGGAAAACACUGGGUACUCCGUUGCCGAAAUUCCGUAUAGUACCGUGACAUCAAGACGCCUGUGAUUCGUAGUUACCAUAGUAUAAAAUAAAGUAGCGGGAAUGCUGCUGCUCAGAUAUUGCUAAGCAGUCGAUCGAUGUCAAAAUCCAGCGAGUUGAGUCAACAGUCAAAAUGAUGGUGAAGAUGAAUAUUUUUACGGUAGUGGCUUUUGUGUUACUCUUGGUACAAAUGAUCAGUGGAUUACCAUCAUCGAAAGAAUCUGCUGAAGCAAUUUGUCAACUUCCCGAGGUUCGAGGUUUUUGUAGAGCUCUUAUGCCCAGAUGGAGGUACAACUCUUCCACCAAACAGUGCUAUCAGUUCAACUAUGGCGGUUGUGGGGGAAAUGAAAAUAACUUCCGUACUGAAAAAGCCUGUAAGGACAAAUGUUCAGGUGUAUAGUCGAACACGUGACCAUUGGCCUCCUAAAUGAAGCUACAUUUGUGAGGAUAUGUAUAAAUGUACAAAGUUUAGAUUGUUAGAUUUUUGUUUAUUUAAAUUAUUUUUGAACUUAUUUUGUUACAUAAUUUAUUGUUCACAAUAAAAUAUUAUCCAUACCCAUAUUUUUCCAAUAAUUCCUGAUGCAUUGUAAAUUGCAUUUCA